AACAAUAUGAAAAGUUCUUCGAAAUAAGAGGUGUCAAGAAUAUUUUAUUUUAUCAAAUAAGUGUUGUGAAUAUUUUGGGAAGGAGGGAGUAUAUAUAUUACUCCCUCCGUCCUAAAACUUUUUUCCCAUAGCACUAUUCCAACUUCACGGAAAUUUAUAUUUAUUUGUGUUUUUUCAUGGCCUAUAUGAUAAAAUAAAAUAUUCUUGUCACUACUUGUUUUGUUGAACUUUUGAUGUAUUUUUUAAAUAUGUAUUUUUAUUUUUUAUUUCUAUACCAAUAUUUAAAUAAAAUAGAACUUGCGAUUUUUCUCGUUUUGAGUAACGGAAAGAAAGUUUUAGGAGGGAGUAGGCCUGUUCUAAUGACAUUGGUUAGCAAACUCAGCAUCAGCUUUCCGUCGUCUUCAACCAAUCUUCAAUCCGUUUCUGGGGCUGCGCCGCCCACCGUUGCUCCAUCAAUGGGUUCAGUGUUCGGUGACUGGCCGUCUUUUGACCCUCACAACUUCACACAGCUCCGGCCUUCCGAUCCAUCUGCCCCCUCCAGAAUAACACCAGCAACUUACUGUCCUACACAUGAUCGGACUCUACCAUCACCGGAUCAAGUUAUUUGUUCAGAACCCAAAAACAUAUUUAUAAGACACUUGUACCAACAUGGCGCCGAGAAGAUGAGACCCAAGAGGGCUGCUUCUGAGAAUCUUGCACCAGAGCACGGAUCUAAGUUUCCUAAGUCUUCCCAUUCAGACAUAUCUUUCUAAACCUGAUGCUUUCGUUGUUUUUUUUUGUGUAAUUAAAAACAUGUAUUUGUAUAUAUUUUUGCCGAUACAUACGCGUACUUUCGUGCUUGUUCAUUGUUGUAAAACAAAACAUUGAGCUUAUAAAAAAAAGAAGCCUCCUCCUUCAGCGCCAUCUCUAUCAUCCUCCCUCUCAAGCCUCCUUCUUCAUCGGCUCUCCAUCAGGCACUGCAUCAGACUCAAGGAUUAUUAAAAAUGCAUUAAGGAGGGAAGAUAAGCUUAAAAUCCCCGAAGGUAAAUAUUAUCUCGUGGAUGCUGGGUUCAUGUUAACAAGAGGACUAAUAACACCUUAUCGAGGAGUCCGCUAUCAUUUGAAAGAGUAUUCCAGGAGAAAUCCGCCAUUAAAUUAUAAAGAGUUAUUUAACCUUCGACAUUCAAAGUUGCGUAACGCCAUUGAACGAGCUUUUGGUGUAUUGAAGAAAAGAUUUGUUAUCUU